AAGUAAUAUAUUUCGGAUAUUUUCUGUGUGGGCGGGUCGAGGGGGUGGUGAUGACGUCACGGGGGGCGGGAUGAAGGAAGCAGACCCCGCCCACCGUCGCCCACCGAGGCUGCUGCUGGUGUCUUAUGGAAGGGCCGGGGAUCAGACCACUCACACGCCGCCCGAACCUUCCCCGCGCACUACCUCCGUGUCACACCUGCCGCCCACCUCUCCGUCUGCUCGCUUACACACCUGGUCAACCCCGGGCCGCCGCCUAAGUCCCUCUCCCCGCCUUCACUCUCUCGACUAUGGCCUCCGCCGCCCCACGCACCUGCCUCGUCCUGCACACCAUCCUUCUGCUGACCGCCCUCGCCAGCUUCGCCUCCUGCGGCCAAGCCAUCGACUGUCGAAGGUUCGUGUUCGCGCCACAGUGCCGAGGCAUCAUCGCCAAGAGGACAGUGUCUGACUCCGCCAUAGGACUGCCCGACGCGCUGCAAGAACAACGGCAGUGGUCUGAAUCCAUCCCUCUCGACUACGUGGUGCCUGAGUACAGUCCCGUGUAUCAGAGGAUUCGCUCUACCUACACAAGGGCCCAAUACUGCAUCCAGAGGUGCAGCAGUGGGUGCUCAGUUCUCGUCUUCAAACGCAGCAAUGAAUGAGAUGGGUGUGCGUGACACCGGGGACCUGGAGCUUCUGUCUCCCUACGUGAAGGUCAUCCACCGGUCUGAGAAGCUCCCAUACGAGAGGAAGUAAGCCGGAGGAAGCAGAGCGGGGAUCGAGUAGCCAGGACGACCCGCAGAAAAUAAAAAGGUGACCUCGCCUGGAUCGACCUCAAGAAAAACUAUGUUGUCACUUUCACAAAACACUCCAGCAUAGUAUGACCGUGAGUGACUCAGGCCAGGACAGACCCACUCAAGCCACAAAGAGAGGGAAAGAGAGAGAGAGAGAGAGAGAGAGAGAGAGAGAGAGAGAGAGAGAGAGAGAGAGAGAGAGAGAGAGAGAGAGAGAGAGAGAAUUACAACUCCAUUUACUCCAGCACAACCUUCCCGCCGGUGACGCGAGUGCAUGAAAUGCUUAAGGCGCCGGUGGGUCUGGCCGCCUUGGUCACUCCGGUACAUACUCAUACAGGAAAAAUGUUUAUCAUGUUCCUACUCGUACUGGCGAUUCAGUGAUGCAUGCGGUGUUGACCUGUUCCUGUUCCUCUGAGUUAUAACCAAUAAGACAUUUAUUUUGCAGUAUUCAAAUAAAACUAAUUUGGUGUUAA